UAACUAUGAGGAACACAUACAUAUAAUGUUUUUACUGCUGUUUAUUGUUGUCAUAGUAACGUAUUACAAAGAUCUAACGAUAAAACGUAUUUUAAUCUUAUAGUAGCCAAGGGGCCUAUUUUUGAAUGAACGAAAUUUCAAUAUAUUAUACAGGAUUUGUAAACGAAUCUUGUUGGUUCGUUUGUUAAAUUAAUACGUGUUGAUUAAGUUAAAUUUUUUUCUUGAAAAUGGCACCAAAAAAAAAAUCAAAAGGAAGCAAAGGCGGACGUACGAGUGCCGGGAUCGUAGAUGGUGUUUCUAUGGCUGAAAUGUCUAGAGAACAGCUUGAAGGGUUUGCGGCUAGAAUGAAGAAAGAGUUAGAACGUGAAAGAGAAGAAAGAAAUUUCUUUCAACUUGAAAGAGAUAAAGUAUUAACGUUUUGGGAAAUCACGAGACAUGAGUUGGAAGAAAACAGAGCGUCAUUGAGAAACAAAGACAGAGAAAUUGAAGAUAUAGAGGAAAAACAUCAAGACGAAAUUAAAGUUUAUAAACAAAAAUUGAAACUUUUAAUGUACGAACAGCAUGUGCAUCUGUCAGAAGUACAAGCUGAAAAUAUGGUUUCGUUGAAAAUUGCAAAUGAUGAACAUGUAAACGAAGAAGAAGAAUUAAUUAAAGAAAACGAUGCUCUCAAACAAGAAAUCGUUGAGAUAAAUUUACGGCAUAUAGAGGAAAUAAAUAAUAUUCGAUUGGAACAUGCCAGAGUUAUGCGUGAACUGAAAGACAGAUUUAUAUCUGACUGUCAAGUGAUCGAAGGAAAAUAUCAGAAACGUAUGGAAGAUUUGAGGAAUCGAAUGGAUUUGAAGAACAAAGUGGAAGUGGCUGAGACUGAGGCUAGAAAGAAUAAGCGCAUAGCGGAAAUCAUAGAAGACCAUAACAACGCAUUCAACAACUUGAAAGAACAUUACAAUGAUAUCACAGUCAAUAAUUUGACAUUAAUCGGCAGUUUGAAGGAAAAGCUAUUGGAAUUAAAAGAAGACCAACAGAGAGCGGAAAUGGACCUGAAAGAAGUAACAAAAGAAAACGAAUCGUUAAAAGGACCGUUAAAAGAAGCACAAAUUAAUGUUGAAGAAUUGACGCAAAAAAUGUCUAAUUACUUAAAAGAUAAACAACGAUUAAUGGUUCUUACUAAACGGUUGAAACAUUCAAAUGAUAAGUACAAGGACCUCCAGGUGAAUUACGACGAGCUGAAAAUGAUCUCGGAGAAAAUGCAAAUCGAUUUAGAUAAUGUGAAGGACGAAUACUCGGACAAAUUGAUGAAUUUGCAGAUGGAACACGGGAAAAAGCUGUUGGCGAUCGAACGUAGGCUAAAACGAUCCGGAGAAACAGUCGAGGAAAAAGAGGCGCAGAUAGCGCGUUUAACUGGAGCUACGUCUGCGGACACUUCGAUCGCGAUGGCAAUGAAUGCAAAAACCGAAGCUUUACUUGAUAAGAAAAACCGAUUGAUCGAACAAAUAUGGAACGACCUGGUGGCUGUAACGCAGAAGUACAACGAACUGUGUAAACAUUUCAAAAGCACACUUCGACAUCACGGGAUACAAGGCUACGACGACGGUAUUUUCGAAUUGGUACCUGCCAACGACAAACACGAAUAUUUUGAAAACCUCUGACAGUCAUUGGCUACUGCAAAAUGAUUAAACUAUACAUAUUUAAUUAUAAUUUAUUAUUAUAUUAUGACGAAUAACGAUGCAUAUGUGGUCAUUUUAUUUUAAACAAUUUUCACAUAAUAAUAUUAUGUACCUAUUGAGUACACAUAUACCUUAUUCUAUUAUCGUGUAGGAACUAAUAUAUAUAUUAUUUUACCUACUAAGCACUAGAUCUUGUGUAGAAACUUACAUUCGCUCUUUUUAGUGGUUAUAAUAAGUAUAGUAUAAUACACCUAUUGGCUAUUACAUAAAAAUAUAAUCUAUUCAUAUCUGUGUACAUAUUUAAGGCCUUGAAAUAAGAAGUACCUUUUGAAUUUCCAAUACUACAUAUUAUUACCUAUACAAUAAUGAAUAUUCAUCACAAACAAAUAGUAUAUCAAUUGAGAUGUCUCCCCAGAUUUUUAAUUAUUGACAAAUUGAACGAUAUAUGGCAAAAUUAUAAUACCAGUAGCAGCAGUAACUAUAAUUAUAUUAUAAGACUACGCAAACUAUCAACUAAGAU